AUGGAUCUACGCUCUAUCUUGACCACCGAAGGGGGAGCGGCGGCGGCAGCAGCAGCAGAGCCAGGAGGAAGAGCUGGCGCAUCGGCAUCGUCUUUAUCCAAACCUCCUCCGCCGCCGCCGCCGUCCCUGUCGAUGCCGACGUCUGCCACUGGCACUGCGAACCCAGCCGCGCCCGCGACCCCCGUCCAGGCUGGUCCGCCGUCUCACGCCUUCAGAGACUACAGCCAUUCGACCCACGCCUCCCCCAUCGCCCAGCACGCUCACGUCCACGACUACUCGGGCCACAACCCGUCUCCUGCUGGCCCCGGCCCUGGCCACGGCCCCUAUGCGUCACCGACCAGCUAUCAUCCGCCCGCCAAUGUCUUUGUCGGCAGGCCGCCCGUCCCUCCACUUCAGCCUCCGGGCUCGCACGACCCGCGAUCGCCCGGCAGCGCCACACUGUCUGGCCCUUCGCCGUACCGACAGACACCCACGUCCUCGGUGAGCGCCAGCAGCGGCGGCUACCCUUUCCCAUCGGCACAGCAGCCGCCUGCGAGCCCCGGGCAGCGACACCUCUACGGACCUGCUACCGCCUACUCGCGAGACAGCUACCCUCCGCCUCCGCCUCAGGCGUCUGCGCUGCCGCCUGUCGGCGUACCGUCGAACCAUGCGUCCAUCUCGUACAUGCAGGGCCAACAGCCGCAACAGCCAAUGCCGCAGACACCGCCGGUCGGGACACCUGGCGGCAGUCACCAAUAUCUACAUCAGCGAUCGCUCUCGAUGCGCUCGACGCCCACCCCGUCGUCGGCCCAUAGCCAACACGCAGCGUACGGACCGCCCUAUGCGCAGGGCAGCCCCAUCACAUCCACACACCAUCCUCCCUCGCACCUCGAGCAGCACCACCCACAACACCCACACCAGCUAUCGCAGCCUCCAACUCCUCUCGGGCCCCCCAUGCCAGGUCCUCCACGGCAGUCUCCCGCCACAGCCUACCAGCAACCCCCGAGUCCAUAUCAGCAGCGCAUGCCCUCCACGACAGCCUCAUAUCCUCCUAACCUAGCGCACUCGCACACGUCUCCUCCACCGCCUGCACCCGCCUCAAUUUCGCGCAUGUCGAGUGCAGGCCACAACACGUACGACGCCGUUGCCGAAUCGCACAGAAGAUCACAGUCCCAACAAUCACGCAGCGAGCGUGAAAGGAGUGUGAGUGUCUCACCAAAGACACGUGUACCCAGUAUUCCGAGCAGCACGGGUCAACACGUCCCCUCCAUCGGUGGCGAGCCCGAACCGUACCAUUCUCAACCUCCCCCACAACCACCAACCAACUCCGUUGCCAUCAUGGAUGCGCAGCGCGACGCUACCCCGGCCAAGAGAAAGCUCGACGACCGAGACCUGCGGCCCGACGAGCUGGAGAACCAUCGGCAGCCACCACCUGCCCCCAGGCUGAACGGCAAUCAUGGUCUCCAGUCGCAGGCCAUUCCGCAAUCCUCCACCUCGCCCAUGAUGCCGCGACGCAAGCGUGUGACACAUAGCAGCCCUCCCGUCUGGGCCCAGUGUGGCAGAGGUCGCGCGCUCAAUGCGAGCCGCAACUUCUCCAUCAAGCAGAACGGCGCCGCUUCCAUCGGGGCCUCCACCAGCGACGCUAUCGUCAACGGAAAUCACCAAGAUGCCGGCGGCAGUGUCAAGUCGGAGCAGCUUUCCCGCCACAAUUCACCCGAGGCAACACGGUCCGUGACCACAGUCAAAGCAGAAGAACCCACCAUGCCGGCACCCAUCAAGGACGCCGCGACUUUCGAAGGCAGGCCCUUCCCGUGGGAGCCCAGCAUCGAAAACGUCAAGCCCUUCGAAGUCGUGUCUCGCUCUGUCGCCGACUUCAUCUACCUCAAGGUCAUGAACAAUCCAAAUCACGACGAGAUGCAAACUCGGGGCGUGCAAUACGAGAUCGAGGCCAAGCUGGGGACUAUCAUUGACAAGGCGACAAACGAACGCAUCGACUUGCGUAUCCAUGCGGGCGAGUGCAUCAUAGGCGAAGAUGCUAGGAUAGCCUUCCGCAGCUCCAUGACCGAGAACCAACACCGCGGCAUGAAUGAAUACUUGAACGAACAAGUCAAAGCCUCCUUCCCCCGCCAUCCCAACGCCGCCUCUCGGGUGCCAGUCCACUACGUUCACCGCCGCGAGGUCGAUCGGUUCUACGAGCUCCCGGCCCAGAUGCGCCAGAGACUGCCCGCUUGCGUCGCGAAUCUGCUGCAGCCAAACUCGGCGUUGAAGGCCCGCGUGUCGUACGACCAGAAGACGGGAGACGUCAUAGCCAAGAUCGUCAAGGCGCGUGUCGGUGACAUUCACAUACACCUCCCACACAUGCUCCUGGAUUGCCGCAUCAGCAUCAACAUGGAGUGGGACUGGGAGGGUACGGCCGACGAGAUCGAACAUAACCAGGUUCCAAACAAGGAGCGCUUCCCCGACCGCAACAAGGAUCGACUCAGCUAUAAGCACGGCUUCUAUUCGAUCGACCUGACUCAGGUCACACAAGGCACUCAGGGAUCGCAGCCGCAGAUGGGUGCCAACAAGGAGCACGAACUGGAGGUCGAGUUAGACUCUACCGCGAUACUGGAACACGGCCGGCGCAUUGGAAACGGUGAGCCGAGCCGAUAUACGGACCUGGUCGACGGUUUGGUCGACAAUGUACGCGUGCUCGCCAGACGCUGCCCACAACCAGCUUGA